AUGCACCACCCCCACCGGGUGCAGACCGCACCCUCGCCGCUGGCUCACGACCCGCGGUUUCGCCUCCUCACGCCAUACCAGAAGGAGCUGUUGUGCCCAUCCACCUUUACCACCGUCGGUCCGUCGUCUGUCGCCUUUGCCCGCCGGGCAAGUGCCCACGCCAGCUCGCCGGCUCGCCGCUCAGCGCAUCCCUCGUCGCGCCCAUCGCGGUAUGUCGCUAGGCCGCGGACGCUUCCGCCGCUUGAUCCACCAGUCCCGGCUCUGCCUCCGGCUGCAGACCUGCCUGAUGCCGCCGGCCGCACCCAGCAACACGGACAGGCCACCAUUCACAACCACUACUACGGCGUCUUUGCCGGCCACGACAGCGGUCGGGUCGAGUCUGCGCCGUCGACCACACUGCAGGCUACACCAUCGGCUGCGCCGUCGGCUCCUGCUCCGAUGAUUGCGCCAUCAGCGCCUGCUCCGCACCCCGCGUACUUCCCGGCGCCCUAUCCGACUUAUCAUCCGCCACCCUACUCGCAGUACCACGGGUGCGGACGCGGAUGUGGUCACGGAUGCUCCCACCAUGCUGGCUGUGGUCCAGCACCGGCGCCUCAGGCCUCGCCAUCGGUUGCCCAGCCUGCGUCGCAGCCAACGGUCUACUUUGUCCCCUACCCUGUCUACGCCGGGACGACGGCAGCAGCAGCGGCGCCGGUGGCUGCCGCCGAUCCUGCCCCGCCUACAGGCGCGUCGCCGCGGAGCCAACGCUCGUCGCGCGAGCUGUACGAAAAGUUCAUGGCCGACCGCUCGCAUCUGCUGACCGCGUCACCGGGCAAUCCGGGCUCGCCGCAAAGAGCAAUCCCGCGAGUCCAGCCCAAGUUUACAUCAGUCAAGCGAAGCCCACGCAAGGCUCGAUCGCGUGUCUCGACUGCGUCGUCGUCAAAGGUAGCUUCGCCGCCACGCAAGCCAAAACCGCCUCGGGCGCCGCCGCCGGCGGCGGCAAGCCCGUCGAUGGGCUCAAUUCUGGAGCUCAACAAGUCAGUGGAAGAGUUCCAGCCGUCGCGGUCGCUGCAGUGGGAGACUGAGGAACUCCGCGAGGUCCACGACGGGCACACCCGAUUUGUGACUGAAGAGGGCGACGGGCGCGAGUGCGCCAUGUGCAAGGAGGCGAUCUUUGGCUCGGCAGUCUUGGCCAUGGACUGCGUAUUCCAUCCGAACCACUUUGUGUGCGCCUACGAUCGCAAGCCGUUUGAUAACCUCACCUUUAUCCCGCACAAUGGCCUGCCGUACUGCGAGGCCCACUACCACGAGCUCUUCUCACCACAUUGUGCCCGACAGGGCUGUCCGGACUCGAUCAUCCGCGGAGUUGCCAUCUCUGCGCUGGGCGUUGCCUGGCACCAAGAGUGCUUCGUCUGCGCCGUCUGCAACGAGCCGUUCCCCUCGGGCGAGUUCUUCGAGUUUGAGGGACAACCAUACUGCUCCGAGCACUUUGCGCUCGCCACCGGCACCGUGUGCACUGGCUGCGGCGAGGCCAUCAUUGGCAUCUACGUUGUUCGCGGCGGUGAAAAGUUCCACGACCGCCCGGCUUGUCUUCCUUCGUCGUCAUCGUCAUCCACCCGCGCCACUCCAGGCUCACCGCGCCGCCGCUCGUCGCGCCGCGCACUCCGCCAGUCAGCUCACUCGCGCCGUCACGCGCGGCGGCGCAAGUCCCGCCGCGGCACCGAUGCUUUCCUGUAG